AUGACUGUGAAGCAUUUCUCAGUGGAGUACGACAGGUUGAAUGAACAAGGCACCUACUCUCCCGGGGACCUACUUUCUGGAAAAGUGACCGUGGUAACCAGCAAGGAACUCAAAGUGCAGAGUUUUUUGGUCAGGGCUAAAGGAAAAGCUAAGGUCACUUGGUAUGAACAGGACGGACAGACCCCAACUGUCCACAGCAACAAGAAGAAAUACUUUUAUUUUGAACAUAUAAUUCUUCAGGAUAAAAACAAAGGAGAUGGUUCUGAAAUCCUGAGACCUGGAUCAAAUGUGUAUCCUUUCAGCUUUAAGAUUCCAAACAGAGACAUGCCUUCAUCCUAUAAAGGUAAAUGGGGUGAGAUCACGUACAGUCUGAGAGCACAUCUGACUCAGUCCAUCUGGCUUGUACACAAAGCCAAAACUGAAUUCCCUUUUCUGACCAAGUCCGAGUUUCCUUUUGCCUCCAAAUCGGAAAUGAUAAUCAUCGGCCUUAAGGAGCAACAGUCUGCAACGAGGAUUUCAUUUGCUGCCACUGGAAAGGUUACAAUGACUGCGACCUCUGAAAAAAUGGGCUUAAAGCAAGGUGAGGCCAUGGGAGUGCUCGUGGAAGUAGUCAACGACUCUACACGUUCAGUGACACCCAAACUCUACGUGUGUGAGAAGCGGACAUUUGUAGCUCAGUCGAAGAAGAGCGUACACACAAAGGACAUCUUGUUUGGGACAGGAGACUCUGUUCCAGCUGAGAGCAGUCGCUCUAUAACCAAAAUUUUGAAAAUCCCACAACAUCUGCCCCCUACCUUCUUCAACUGCUGCAUGAUGAAGUUGGAGUACAGAAUCAAGGUCACACUUGACGUUCCUCUGGUGAAGGACCAAGAAAUCAAACUCCCUCUAGUCAUCCUGAAGGGUUCACCGAAACCUCCUCAACAAAAACCAAAGAGAUCUAUCUGGUUCCGAAAACUCCCGGGAUAA